AUUUGUUUAAAUGGAAUGUCUAGGAAUGAUGUGAUUGGUCUAAUUUCUGGUUUCUCAUUACAGGUUGUGUCAUGGCUCAGUUUGGAACUGGAAACUAUUGCUGAACUUGAAGAACAUGUGAAUGCCAUCACAAACAAAGAUGAUUUUGGUUCCUUUUUGUUGGAGGUCAGUGCCCUCCUGCGAGAACUGGACUGCCCUUAUCAAACACUCAUAUCAGGGCCAGUUGAAGAGAGAUUAAACAACCGUGAAUCCCGUUUGCAACUUCUUGAUUAUCUUACAACUGAACUGUCCACUUCUAGAAUCAUCUACAUCAACAAACCUACUCCUUUAAUUGUGGGAGAGAAAAAAAGGAAACAAGACGACGAAACAGAAGUAGCAUUCUUGCUGAAAACUGCCCUGACCGCAUUGGAUCUCCACAACACCCCAACUGAUGUCAUGCCAGAAAAACUCUUUGCAGAUAUUGAAAGUACACUGAAGAAUAUCAUAGAAAAAUAUCCGAACAGUGUUGAGAAAUGUGCUCUGACUCACUCGCUUACUGCCGAACAAUGGGCGAAACUUGAGGAAAUAAUUGCCAGUUUGAACUGUGAGUAUGAAGUGAGACGAGAGAUGUUGCUUAAAAGAAUUGAUGUCACGGUUCAAUCGUUCAUGUGGUCUAAGUCGUUAACUAACGAAAUUCUCAAGGUCUAUACCCCUAAACGAGGUAAGCUGCAAUCAAGAUGUCCCGUGUCCAUCCCGAAGCUGUUGUCCAGUAGACAGAGCCUUUUAAACCACCAGAAAACCAGCAGUGGCAAGGCAAGGGAGGUAACCAAGUGUGAAAUUAAUAAAGUGUUGAUUGGCAGUGUACCUGAUCGUGGAGGUCGGGCUUGGGAACAUGAUAUCCCAAGAGAAAUGCCUUCCUUCAAGAAGAGGGCUGAAGGAGGAGGAGGAAGAGGAGGUCGUCGGGGUGGGUUUGGGAAAGAAAAGAAAUUCCGUAAACAUUAAAAUAAUUUUUCACACUUGU